AUGACAGUCGAAGAAACGGCGAAACUCUUUACUCCAGCCAAAGUUGGCAAUGUUGAGCUUAAGCAUCGAGUGGUGCUUGCUCCCCUGACGCGGCUUCGGGCAGACAAGACAACCGCGGUCCCGGCGGAUUUUGCUGCGGAAUACUAUGCUCAGCGCUCCUCGGACGGCGGCCUACUCGUUUCUGAAGGCACUUUCAUCGCAGAGGAGGCUGGAGGUAUGUCUCGGGUACCAGGCCUCUAUUCACAGGAACAGAUUGCGGCAUGGAAGGCCAUCACCGAUGCUGUUCACGCCAAAGGAGGCUACAUAUUCUGUCAACUCUGGGCUCUGGGUCGAGUUGCCAACCCCAAUGUUGUCCCUAACAUCUGGAGUGCUGGUUCAAAGCCCUUCGAAGCUAAGGGCGCUGCGUCUCUUCCUAAACUCACGACCAUGACCGAAGCCGAUAUUGAUCGAUUCGUGGGUCAUUAUAGACAGGCUGCACUGAAUGCGAUCGAAGCUGGAUUUGACGGCGUUGAGCUCCACGGAGCCAAUGGAUAUCUUCAAACCAACAGUAAUGACAGAACAGAUUCAUAUGGUGGCAGUCUCGAAAACCGUUUCCGCUUCCCUUUGAGAGUUCUUAAUGCUGUCUGUGAUGCCAUUGGUCCUGAGCGUGUCGGCAUUCGCAUGUCGCCCUUCUCCCGCUUCCAAGGCAUGCGUGAGGCUGAUCCUCUAUCCGUCUUCGUGCCUUGGGCCAAGGCUAUUGUCAAGGCCCAGCCAUCUCUUGCGUUUAUUCACGCCGUUGAGCCAAGGAUUGAAGGAGGAAGUGACUCGCCUGACAGCCACCUCAAGACAGACGACACUCUCUCCCCCGUUCGAGACGUUGUUAGCAGCUCAAAUGUCAAGUUCAUUGUCGCAGGAGGAUUCACCCCGGAAACUGCUGUCAAGCACGCAAAUCAGACAGAUGACCUUGUCGGGUUCGGUCGUUACUUUAUUCGUAAGUCAUUUCAUGAGAACCUACUAGUGACUAUGGACAUGCACUGA